UGUCUGUCUGAUUUUUUUUUUCUUUACUUGCUACCCGAACAUUUCAAAAUUUAAAUAUAAUCCUUUGAUAUGACCAUACAUCAAAUAUCUUGCAAAAGUCUAAUAUCUGAAAUAUCGUAGUAUUAUCUCGUAUUUAAAUUUCAGUUUUUACAUAUACGUUGAUGGAUAUGAAUUAAGUAACACAUUUGAAACUUACUAUAUCCAGUCGGAAAACUAAGAAGAAUAAACUAAAAGAAAUAAUGCAUUGCUGAGAAUCACGCAGAAGCAUUACUGCAUUGCAUAUUAUAGUCCAAAGAGAAGUUUGCCUGUUGUUUCCUGAAGAUCUAAAACCAUGGAAUCGAGAUUUCUGCAGUUUAUAUUAAUACGAUCAAAGAAUGUUUGCCAAUUUUCACCUACAUUCAGGCUUUCUUGUGGUUGCUGGAAUGUUUUAAGAUCCUAUUCUACUCAAAAUGUACAAGCUGAAGAGCUAGUACCAAAAGAAAAAAUUAGUCUAAUAAAACCAUCCAUUAAAAAAGUGAAAAGACCUCCUUUUGUAAAGAACAUGUUCUUUGGAAAUUUUGAUACUGAUUUAUUAAAUUUCCCUUUGGUAUUGGAUAAUGAGCAACUUGCUGAGGUGGAAAAUGUUGUCAAGAAUGUAAAUACAUUAUAUGCUGAAAAAGUGAAUUCUGUGCAGAUUGACAGGGACAAGGCAUUGCCAUAUGGUCUCCUUCAAGAUUUAAAAGAUAUGGGCCUUUUUGGUCGAAUGAUUCCUGCUAAAUAUGGUGGUUUAGAUUUAUCGUAUACAGCUUGUACUCGUCUAAAUGAAGUUCUUGGUUUAGACUAUUCUGUAUAUACUACUCUGGCUGCACAUGAAUUUUUUGCUGCACAGGCUAUCUUACAUUUUGGAUCUGAAGAACAAAAACAAAAAUAUCUUCCCCUUCUAGCUUCAGGAAAACUUAUUGCAGCUGUGUGUUGUUCUGAAGUAGGAAGUGGUUCUGAUUUACUGUCUAUAUCCACUGUAGCUAAAAUGAAUACAAAUGGAAAUUUCAUUUUGACUGGUUCAAAAUGUUGGGUUACAAAUGCUGAAUUAGCUGACAUAUUCAUUGUGUUUGGAAAGACUCCUAAUUUAACAGAUCCAAAUGAGUGUCAACUCUCUGCUUUUAUUGUAGAUAAGAAAUCUGAAGGUGUGCAUGUAUCUUCUCAUGAUAAAGUAUGCCUUCGUGGAACCCAAACUGGAAUAGUAACAUUUGAUGAAGUUCUUGUUCCUGGCUCAAAUUUAAUUGGAAGUUUAGGAAUGGGUUUUAAAAUUUAUUUGAAAAUGUUGGAAUCUCUUAGAUUAUCUCUCAAUACAUUUACCUUUGGAACAUUGAAAUCAGUACUAGAUUCCAUUACUCAGCGCAUUAUUCAUACUGAUAGAAUUGAAAAGUCUUUGGGUGAUGUUCAGAUGAUUCGACGAAGAUUGUCUAAAAUUAAUGCGAUGAUUUAUGCUAUGGAAAGUGUUUCAUAUUUUACUGCAGCUUUGAUUGAUACUACUGAAAACCCAGACAUAGAAUUAGAAUGUGCAAUCACUAAAGUAUUUAACUCUGAAGGGACUUUGUACUGCCUUAGAGAGCUAAUGAGUGCUCUUGGAUCAUCCAGUCUAAUGAAAGAACAUCAAUUAGAAAGACUUUAUAGAGAUGCUCAAGGCUUGGCUGUAUUUGAUGGUCCAAAUGAUGUUGUUCGACUUUUCAUUGGAUUGACAGGAUUAAAAAUAGUUGGAGCUAAAAAGUUCGAAGUUGUUAUGAUAUUUCGCAAUAGGUUCUUUCAUCCCUGGGACACAUUAAAACAGUUGAUAAGACACUGGAGAAUUCUUAAGAAUAUGUAUAAGUUUGACAUUGAUAUAGCUGGUCACAUUCAUCCAUCAUUAGUGGAAUGGGGUAAUAAUUUAGAAACUGCGCUUCAGAAAUUUGAAGUAGCUGUUGAAAAAGUAUUAUCUGAACAUGGUGUAAAAGUUGUAGAAACUCAGAUUGAUCCCACCAAACUUGCAAAUAUUGCAAUUGAAUUGUAUGUCAUGACUGCAGUCCUGUCAAGGUGUUCGCGCUCAUAUGUUGAUGGCCUGAGAAACUGCCAUCAUGAGAUGAGAAUAGCUUACGCAUUUUGUCAUGAUGCAUGUGUUCGAACUAAAAAGACUAUAGAGGAUAUCUAUCAGGGUGUCACAUGGAAUAAUGAAUUAAAUCAUAUAUUAUUGGGAGAGCAAGUUAUAGACUGUAAAGGCUAUUUUCCUGAACAUCCUUUGAAGCAUAAUUUUUAGCACAAUAAAAAUGUAGCAUUUUACAUAACCUAGAAUGCUGUUUUAUGAAUUCAUAAUAAUGUACAAAUUGCAAACUAUUA